UCCGCGCUGUGAGCGGGGCCCCGCGCCCGCCGCGGUGUCCGAGGCUCGGAGCCCGGCCGCGAUCCGUGCGCAGGACAGACGCCUCAGUCCGAGUCUUGCUGGGGUUAUGGGGUUUGGGGGUCUGCCCUGUUCUCCGCAGGGUUCAUGCCCCACCGGGCUGGGGGUGCUGCUGUUAGCCACGAGCCCGUGUUCUCUGCGUCCCUGGCAGCAGGGAGGUGGCGUUUGAGAGGGUUGGGAGGGUGAUCCCACUCUGAAAGCCAGCGCUGUUGUCAUUUGAUAACGUCCAGAUGUGAUUUAUGAGCUAAAUAGUAACAAACAUCAGUCUGUGCCCUGCCUUACAAUCGUUUUAUGUUUAUAUUCUGAAAAGGAAAGAAAUAGGUUGAAUGGGAUCGCACUCAGGCAUGGAGUUGUUACAGUAGCACGGAAAACACUGCAUUUUGGAAGAGGAAGUUUUAUGCUGGCUAGUAAUUGUAUAUUUAACCCAGCAAUUUAACUGUAUAGUAAGUUGUAAACUUCCCUAUGUUUUUUAUUUCUGGUUUAGUGUGCUACUAGAAAAAAAGAGUUGCCAAUUCUUGUGCAGAGAAGAGCUGGAAGCUUGGAUUUGUGAAAUUGUGAGAAGGAAAUGUGGCUCCUCAGGACAGAGUGAGGCAGAUAAACGGAGCCAGAGGUCCCAGAAAGGAUAGUCUGAGAUGGUCCUGGGGCCCGAGCUGCCUUCUGGUGCUGCACAGCAAACAUAAAUCAGGUGUUUGUUAGGGUUGGCAGUGCAGUGAGAUCUGCUGUUUUUUUCUCAACGGGAGCUAGAAUGAAAUGCAGCUUCUGUGGUCUGUUUUAAUCAGCAGCUUGGCAAAGUCCCCAAACACUUCAUCACAUUUAUCCCAUCUCUGAGACUGUGGGCUGUUUCCUUCGAGAAUUCACAUAGGAUGAUAUCUCUGAGGUGCAUGUAACUGUCAUUAGAACAUGUGACAAAAAACGUGGAGCAUUUUUCUGAAGCGCUGUCAGUCUUUUGAAAUGUGCUGUGCAAAUUCAGUCCUACUGAGCACGGGCUGAUGCCAGGUCUCAGUGCAGCUGCUGGAGGAGGCUCAGGUGAUCUGAGUGAGGUUUCAAUUUGGGCCGUGCUGCUCUGCAAGUGCUGGUUCAGUUGGCAGAAUCUCAGCUUGCUGUGUGGAAUCACAGCUUAAAUUCAUUCAUUUGCCCACACCCACCUGGUUUUUUUUGCCCCGUUUCUCUCUCAUCUCCUUUAUUUGCCUGUGGAGGAGUUUAUCCAUGCAGAAGUUGAAAUUACUGAAUUAUUUCAGGAUUUGAGCAUGAACUGUUGGCCUGUGCUGUUACUUGCCAAGCAGCAUGUUGUCUCUCUCCACAUUUCUAACGCAGCAAGGCUUGCUGAGCUGGCUGCCUCUUCUCAGCUGCUGGGAGCCUGUAAAUAGUGAGUGCUUUGUCUGGAAUCUUGUUUGCAUUUUCAGCUGUGCCGAGUGCUGGAAGUGCUGUGGGGGUGAUGUCUGGGAGGCAUCUCUUGAUGCUGGGUUUGAGCUCUCAGUGCUGGGGUGGCCAGUGAGUCACAGGAGGGAACCUCAGUUCUUGUUUGGCUGGUGGUUGCUGCCAGGCUGACAACAAUGAUCCUGCCACAGGAACUUUUAUAUCGCUGUGUUUGUGCUCUUGUCUCAGGUAAAUCCUUAGCCAGGCCCUGCUGCAGGUGUGGUCAGGAGGGAGCCAGGCAGUGCUUGUGAAAAGCUCAUCAUAACUUGUUUGACAGCAAACCAAAGGAGAAACUAAAGUUUUCCUAACAAUCUUGUUUACCUGAAAUUGAGACACAGCAAAGAUUCAGUUUCUUUUUACAUCUACAUUGAUGUGUGUCACAGAGCUUUGUUUUCCAAGCAAUGCUCUAUCAAAAUAUCACAGAACUCCCUGUUUGCAGUUCAAAGAAAAGGUCCUUGUCUCUUCUGUUAAACUUGGAUGCUGGCUUUUAAAAUAACAGAUGGAUUUUCAAAUAGUCACUACGAGAAGGCAUUGAACAAUGCACCUUUUGCUGGUUGCUCAGAGGGCUUCUGUUAGUUGGGGCUUUUCUCUCAUUAUGGUGAAGUAAGAAGGGGUUGUAAAAUUUCUGCUGGUAGGUAGUGUAAAAAAAUUAAGUCAUUACAAUUGCUGACUUGGUCAAAGCUGAGAAAUUGAGAACUUUUUAAUCCUGCAGAUGCAGAAAUGCUUUGGGACAGUGCUUACAGUGGAGGGUCAAGACCACCUGGAGGCCAGCAGAAAGCAGCUGCAAUGACUGUGAGCAACCCUGUGGAGAAAGUGGCCUAUCUUGUAGUAUUCCAUAUUCUCUUUGUGCUCUUUGUGUGGACGUAUUGGAAGUCUGUUUUCACUCUCCCAAUACAACCAGGCAAAAAGUUCCACAUGUCCUACGCUGACCAGGAGCGCUACGAGAACGAGGAGCGGCCCGAGGUGCAGCGGCAGAUCCUCGCCGAGAUCGCCAGGAAGCUGCCGGUGUACACCAGGACAGGGAGUGGAGGGAUUCGGUUCUGUGACAGAUGCCAGCUGAUCAAACCUGAUCGUUGUCACCAUUGCUCUGUUUGUGCCAUGUGUGUGCUAAAAAUGGAUCAUCACUGUCCAUGGGUGAAUAACUGCAUUGGAUUUUCUAACUACAAAUUCUUUCUACUGUUCUUAGCCUAUUCUUUGUUGUAUUGCUUGUAUAUUGCUGCAACAGUCUUCAAGUAUUUCAUUAAGUAUUGGACAGGUGAGCUGACCAAUGGACGUUCCAAAUUUCACAUCCUUUUCCUUCUCUUUGUGGCGAUCAUGUUCUUUGUAAGCCUCAUGUUUCUGUUUGGCUACCACUGCUGGCUCGUCAGCAGGAACAGAUCCACUCUAGAGGCUUUCUCAGCUCCAGUUUUUCAAAAUGGCCCAGAUAAAAAUGGAUUCAAUCUUGGCUUUGUGAAGAAUCUCCAGCAAGUGUUUGGGGAAGAAAAAAAGCUCUGGUUGCUGCCUAUUGCCUCUAGCCAGGGGGAUGGACAUUUUUUCCCAAUGAGAGCCUUGAGUGAAGCUCGGAACCCUCUCCUGACAAAUGAGGAGCAGUGGGAAGAGGAUGGACUAGACGAAGAGCCUCAGGGUUCUGGUGAGGCCUCAUCCCUUGCCAUAGAAAGAGAGACAUAGCAGUGUGAAAACACAGUGGUGUAAAGCUGGAUCAGAAAGCUUCCCUCUCAGGAGCCAACAUCCCUUCUCUUGGCAAGGACUUCAGUUUUGAGGAGCAGAAAACUGGUGGAUCUUCAAGAUGAGAAAACAUCCUGAAGUAUUGUCUGAUGGGAACCUGCAUUCCAGAGUGCUUCUCCAGGAAUCCUGCUGUCCAGAUGUCCCAAGGCUUUAUAAAUUUCAGUUACAGAGUUAACAGAACAAUUUUACAGAGUGAUUCUGGCCAAUCUUCUUUGGCCUGCUCUCUUUAUUUUAUAAAUACUAUAUAUUUUUUAUUCAAAAUAGGUAAAAAUGUUGAUGCAAGUGCAUUUCCAAAGGCCUUUUCAUUUUGCAAACAUCAGGGACUCGAGCUCUUGAAAUUCUUCCAAGCCAUAAUAUUCUUGGGGAUUUAUUUUGAGGCUGAUUCUCCAACCUUCUCUGACAAGUGGCAUUUUCUAAUGUAUUUAAAUUCUGAGUCAGUUCAGCUCAAUGCAAGACAGACCCCAUUAAAUCUGGCACUAAAUUGGUAGCUGAAUGUAAGAGUGUUGAAAGCAAAAGUGCUGAACAUGCACAUGUACAUGUGCAGCUGUGAAUGAAAAUAAAAUAUUCACAUUGGCAGUAUCAAGAUUCAAGAAUAUUGUGGCCAUAGAUUAUUUAAACAUUUUUAGGGGGGUGUUAUUUUCUUUGCGUUUGGGUUAUAGUGCUCUUGCAUCCUACUUGCAGGCUCCUAAAAUGCAAAAGGGAACUUCAGACAGUCCAGUUGGCAUUAAUUCCUAGGGCUAAAGUAUUAUCUCAUUCCUGGAUCAGUGUUUGAUGGAGAUUUGUGUGUUCAUGGAGUCAGAAGGGAAGAUGUGACUUUGAAACGUGCACUGAAAGUUUGGCUCCAGGAGUCAUGCUUGGAGUUUACACUCCACCGGGGUGGCUUGAACCCCAAAAUGCUGAAGACACAAUUGAUACAUUGAAUUUUUUCAGACUUCUUCCCAGCUCAGUGCACUGACUGGCUUCAGGGGUUUCUGCACUAAGAGGUGAUCUGAUUUGUUUCUGCAUUUUGCUGCAUUUGUAGUCAAAGAGGUGUAUCCCUGUUUUGUUCUGGGGAAUGGAACUGAGACUUGGCUGGCUGGAUUAUGGAUAUUCUUCUAGACCUGAGACCUUUUUUUUAAAUCUGCAUGAUUCAGCCCAGUCCAUCAUUCUUGUUUGAAUUAGGUGCAUGCUAAAAGUAUUGGUGUACUGCCUCUAAGAUAACUUAGUACCAUUUUCUAUCCCAUUUUUGUGUUUCUUUAUCAGCCCACUGGUGUUGGCAGUGACUACAGGAGCAGCUGUGCGUGUGUGCGUGUCAGGAGAAAGGAGCUGAUGAGUGAGUCUGGUGAUGGAGGCUUUGCCUACAGACUAAACCCCUUUUUCCUCUGUUCCUCUGCUACUGCUGCCACAGGGAAUGUGUCUGUCAGCCUGGAGAGCUUUGCAGAGGUUCCUUCCCUAAGAGAAGGUGUUUCACUCCUGGCUGAUCCGUGCCCUGGGGACAGGGUUUUGUCCCUCAGCCUGUGCAGUUUGUGUGGAGCAGGCAGUGCUGGCCUCCCUGGGAUGUCCCACUGCUGAAUUUGGUGGUGAAGGGCCAAGGUGGGCUGGCCCAGGCUCGUGUGGGUUUGUGUCUCUCCUCAGGGUGGCCCCGAAUACUGAAAAUGAUCUUGCUUCAGCUGCCUGAGCCCCAUCUGUUGAGUGGCUCUGUCACCAAAUGGCUGCUGAGUGCUGGAAGGGUUUUUUCUGUCAGUCUAAGGCUGCAUUUCUAAUGUAAAUCUGGUGUUGGACCUUGUGCUGUGUGGGAUGAGAGGUGGCAGCUGAAUGAAUCCCCUCAUUCCUGGAAAAAUCUGCUCUGGAGGGGGAGCUUGAGAGGAUGAUGGCAGCUAAACACAGCCAGAAUUUAGCACCUACAGAGGUGCUAUUUGUGCCUUUAAAGACUUUCAAUUCCUUGAAUAUAAAACCAGGAAGGUCAUUUGGUGACCUUCUGUUUCAUCCUGCCAGCUGAAGUGUAUUUUUCCAGAGCUUGUGUGGAUUUACAGAGUUUUCUGAGCAGGUUAUUGUGCCCUUGCUGGGUUUGGUUCUGGUUACAGCCCUGCCAUUAUUUGAGUUGUUUCUGUGCCAGGGCAGCAGCAGCAGAGCUGUGCUGGAGCUCCCCUGCCUGCUCCUGCUGCUGCACUGCUCAUUGGGGAGUACAGAAAAUCAGGUUUUGUCUUCUAAUGCUAAGGCAGAUACCUUUAUGAUGGCACAGGUACCAAGCUCAGAUUGAGAAAGGGUUUAAAAUGUUCCCAAGUAACUUUUAUACAGUCCCUUUUCCUGUAAUUAAUUAUGGUCAUCUCUUCCCUUUCCUUCAAAGCAGCUCAGCCUCCCAUAGUUAUAACAAAUUCUUGUCCAGGUAGAAACAAUACAAAGUUUGUCACUUCGGAGGCACUUCUCAAUAUCCACACAUCAGAUGCUGGAUGGCUUCAUGAAAUGUGAAAGAAAUGCAAAAGUUGUGUUAAAUGAGGCAGAACAAAAUGGGGAAAACCCACAUGUCUGAGUGAGCAGCUCCAUUUUUUUUCCCUUCUGCUCACUUAAGGUGUUAUCCUUAUUUUACCCCUGGCCUUUGUCCUUUUUAUGGUGAGUAAAUGCACUGGAAAAAAAGAAGUUCCUCAGGCUGUUCUGGUCACUCUGCAGGUGACAAAAGAGAGAAUAUUCAGCCCAGUGUGUGACUUUUUUUUAACCUGCAAAUGGCUCUUCAGGGAUUUUCCAUGCCCUGAUCCUCAUCCAGAGGCUGUCUGCCAUCAUCAGUGUCUGUAAGGGCUGUAUCAUCAAGCCUCUCCCCUACCUGCCCUGCCUCCAUCCCAGCAUUGCAGGAGUGGGAUUCAUCGUCCCAGGCCCCACCAGCACCAAGGACACUGCAGCUGUGGGAGCUGGCCAGUGACUCCAGCUCAUCCUGGGUGCAUCUCACGCUGCCUGUGCUGCUGGCCCAGCAUUCCAGGCACACCCUGAGCCCCUCAUGCACCAGGAGCAGCUGAAGUGUCCCCAGUGGGACUGCACCAGUGUUCACUGUCACUCUGGGUGUGUGCUGCAGGUGCAGCUCCAGUCAGAGAACCUGGAGAAUUGUUAGGGUUUGAGUCUUAGUGCUGGUGCUGGUGUCACUUGUGUGGCUGCAGGGAUUGCUGAAGGAGCUCCACUCCAGCCUGGAGCAGUGUGGGAGCAGCAAGGCAACUGUCUCAACCCCCUGCAGGGGCUGUUGUCCCUGCUUAGCACUGGAUCUGCUCUACAGCUUUCUCAGCUAUGAGCAGCUUUUCCAAGGGAUGGCACCAUGGGAAAGGAGGGAACUCUUUUGUUGGACUUUACCAUGAUGCCUCCGUUGUUAUCCCUCUGCUCCUGGAUUCAUCCUCUAAAAUAACUGACCACUAACAGCCACCUCCUCACCUCUUCCCCUUCUCUCCCAUUUCCAUUCAGGUACAAAAACCCAGGCAGAGCAUCAUAUUGAUGUUUCUCUGUGUGCAACUGUCCGAAGUCCAGUCCUGGGCCAGCGAGUCCUGCCCAAGGAACCAGGACUUGUGCAACCCUCACUGCACCGCCAGGUUUCUCUUGCCGAGGUAGAAGUUUUUGGAGUAGGAUAAUCUUGUUUUCCUUCAAGCAGGGAGCACAUCUGUAUGUUUGAGGAGGCUGUACCCAGUGUGUGUGGGGUGCAGUCACUGGUGAGAAUCAGGAAGCUUCCAAAUCACACUAUGCAAUGAAUGUUUGCUUCCUGGGACAAACAGGAAUGGAUUCAGCAAAAUCCACACCAGCUGCAGCUCUGUAGUUCUAGAUGCUGGUCUGGACUGAAAGCACAACUUGAUUCAUAAAGUCCGUCAUGUGAUAUGAAUGUAAAAUGUCAAGGGGAAAAAAUUACUGUUUUUCCCCUGAAUUUAGCUAUGAAGAAUGAUGUACUGAGCAGUUACUCUGUACAGAGUUACUCUGUGCAGAGCUGUUGGACUCAUGGAAGGGUUUAAUUAGCAGGGGGAGGAGCCACUGCUGACCUUGUUUAUUAAGCCAGAACUAAUUAACUCAAAGGGUCACAUUUUCAUUUCGGUGACUCCUGUGGUACAGAAUUCUGAAAUAGAUCCAUAGUACUUGAAAAUACCUCAAUUUUAUUGAUAUUUUUCCAAUUCUAACGGUUUCUGUUUUAUUACAGAACACUUGCAAACCUAAACUCAUUCUGAACUGAUCAGAUCAUUCAGAUCACUGAAGGUGUUUGCAUGGCAGAGGGGCUCUGGUCUGGCAGACCCUGCCCUGGCUCUUCCUGCCUAGUGCUGCAUUCCUGCCCUAGUCACAAACACUGAGCUCACACCCACUGUUGCAGGGUUUUAGUCUCUUGUCCUUUUUCCAUCCCACUUUGAGUCCUCCCUCUUCUUCCUGAACAUACAGUUAAAUGUUUUCAGCUUUGAGCUGCUUGUGCUGUUUUUUUGGAUACUGUGAAGGUGAGUAGGUGUCAUUUUAUGCAGUUGUGCCACGUAUUUUAUUUGUAAUUAAUCUCUGUUUGUCAGGUAUUGAUUUGUGGUUCCCAUCAUCAGGCCCAGCUGGCUUUGCUUAGAGCAGGAUCCCACUUCCUGCAUUUUCUCUUUCCUAAAAGCCUCAUUUCUUCAUUCUCCAGCUUCCGUUUGGGAUGUAAACCUUGUGAAAUAAAAUGUAAGUUUACAUUUCAAAUACAAGCCUGUAAGUUGCUCAUGCCUGCAUGCUCCUUAAAAUACUAUUUUUUUCUGUAUGAGGUUUUAAGAUUCACAGCAGCAUUUGCAAAACUUUAGUGGGUAACAGCCAUUGUUUUAAAGACAGAAAUUGUGUUAAGGAGGGGGAUAAAAAACACAAUGCCAAAAAUUUCCAAAAAAAGGACAAAGGGAUCAUCUCUGCUUCUUGUUCCAGCUGUGCUUGAAAAGAAAUGCCUGCUUGCAUCCAGUGCUGGUGUCAGACAGCCCUGGGAACACGCAGGUACCUCACCUGAGGGCUUCCCUGCCCUUUCAGGAAUUCCUGAAGCACUUCCUUGAGUAAACCUUGGACUAAAUCCCACGGGAAGCCUGGAACCAAACAAACUCAGCCUCCCCCUCUCCUUUCUAACCUGGGGAAGCUGUGUGCACCCCCUUCCCAGCACCUCCCUGUGUAAGAGAAACAGGCCCAAAGUGAAAGCACUGGUGUAUUUUCCCCACACCUUUCUCUGGAGGAUCCAGGAGCCGCCAGGACGAGUCCCAGAACUCCCUCAGCACCUGGAGUGCUGCUGGUGUCAUGAACUGCUGGGCUGGUGCAGGUGACCUUCCCUGGGAGGGACAAGGCUGUGACUGAGAGCUGGAGUGAGGAGGUGGAACUGUGGCUCCUCUGUUCUGAUGUAAGUCCAAUCUUUGAAAUUACCUGUACUAUGGAAUGGCUUCGUGCUGUACUCACAGAGCUACUCCAGAGUGAUUCCAAAUCCAUUGCUGGAGUAGGAACUCUGGGUUAGGAACACGGGAAAUAGGAAAGGUCUUGUUAUUUUAUAAAUUUACAAUCUGCCUGCUCAGAUGGCUGCUCCUCAUCUGCAAAUGCUGUUUGUGGUGCAAAUGGGCCCCUCAAAGAUAGACCUGAGCUAAAUCUCAGGGUCAGAGAAUAGCAGAGCCGUGGUGUUGUCAGUGUAGCAGGAGGGUUUAGCUCCCUCCCAGAAAAGCCAGGGGGCUUCACACACUGACAAAUGGGGCUGGAGCAGAACCCCAACUGCCGGGGCUGCUGUGGGUCAGGGGAGCCUUUUGGGAGCUCCUCUGGGGCAGGAUCAGCACUGCCAUUCCCCAUGGAGCUGACAGAAUUGGGACACAGCAGCACUGCCCUGGAGAGGUUUGCAACUGCACCCAGCUGCUUUUUAGGAACCCAGCAUGGCCUGGGGCUGGCAGUUGUUCCAGUCAGAACGGGUGGCCUAAUACACAUCCCUCCCCACUCAUUCAAUGGGAAGUAAUUACUUUGCAAGGAAUGUCACACCAGAUUGCUGCCCACCUUUGGGGUGUUGUGUUCAGGAGUUUUAUGCUGCUGCUGCUGGCAUUGAGACUUUUGAUAUCAAAUGGGUUUUUACAAAAGCCUUGGAUACUAAUUUUUACUGUCGAACCAAUGCUCUGACUAUGCUGAUGCUCUGUGGAGUUUCAUUGGCAUUUUCCAAGUGUUUGUACAGUUUCUACAGCUGAAUAUCCUGUAUGUUCUGCUUUGUUGUUUUUUAUUAUGGUUUAUACUGCACAGCAGGCAAGGACUGCAUUAAAACCAUUUUUGGCUAAUUCA